UGCCUAUCUGCCCGAGCCCCUGUCCAUAGCCGAUUCGUCGAGUUCGCCUCGUGACCCCGGUGACUUGAUGUCCCGUCGCCUGCCGACCGUCGUCCAUCCUCUCACUAAUACGACGACACGACUUCCAUCAGGACAAAGCUUGUCCUAAUAUGACUGCCAAGCCAACUGCAGGGGACGACUACCCUCCCCAGGCCCCAGAGCCAUCGACGUCACAGACACCCCUACUCAGACCCAAUGUGGCCACCAUACCCAAGCGAAGGUUUCGAAGUGCAUUCGUUGGCCUUGUCGUCUUCGUGCUUGCCCUCGGAUCGUCCUUCUUUCUCUUCCACGCUGGCAAGGGAUAUAAUGGGUACGACUACCGCGUCGGAAAGCUUCCUGUCAUGGGUUAUAAUACCUGGAAUGCAUACUACUGCGACAUCAGCGAGGACAUUAUCAUCAAGAAUGCCAACCUCAUGAUAUCCCUGGGUUUGGUGGAUGUCGGAUACAACUAUGUUAAUAUCGAUGACUGCUACUCCGAGAGACAGCGCAGUCCUGUGGGCGAUAUCGUCGCAAGCAAAACUAAGUUUCCUUCAGGAAUGAAGCCCCUGACAGACAGGAUUCACGCUUUGGGAUUGAAGGCUGGAAUCUACAGUGACGCGGGAUGGUUCACUUGCCAGCUCUAUCCAGGCUCAUACCAAAAUGAAGCAAGGGAUGUCAGAUUGUUUCGGGAGGAGUGGGGAUUCGAUUAUCUCAAGUACGACAACUGUGCCGUACCAUUUGACAAUGUUACCCGACAGAAUAUCAUUGGUCGGUACGAGCCCAUGGCAAGUGCUAUCGCUGAUUUAUCCAAGUCGACUGGCAAGCCGCCUCUCAUCCUGUCCUUGUGUCAAUGGGGAAGAGAGCAAGUAUGGCUGUGGGGUAGAAACUAUGGACAGAGUUGGCGGACUACGGACGAUAUUGGUGCCAACUGGAAGUCUGUCGCUAGCAUUAUCAACAAGAAUUCAUUCUACGCUUGGGCCAAUGACUUCUACGGACACAACGACAUGGACAUGCUUGAAAUUGGGAACGGCGAUUUGACAUACGAAGAAGCCAAGACUCACUUUGUUGCCUGGGCCUUGAUGAAGUCUCCCCUCUUGAUCGGAACUGACUUGGAGACAGCGAGUAAAGAGACCAUAGAGAUUCUUACCAACCGUGAAAUCAUCGCCAUUAAUCAGGAUCCUGUCGUCGGAACCAGUGUCACUCCUUUCCGAUGGGGCAUUAAUCCGGACUUCGUCAGUAACGACACGCAUCCCGCACAGUAUUGGAGUGGACAAAGCCAGAACGGGACCGUAUUUAUGCUGAUUAAUACAUUGGACGAACCUGCUUCGCUGACUUUCAAUUUGACCGAAUCUCCGUGGAUCCGAGCGGGUAGACAGUAUUCCGUUAGGGACCUUUGGACCCAUACAAACAACGGCACUGCUGUAAGGAGCUUCACGGCACACAACGUCCCUCCGCACGGUGUCGUCGCGCUGCUCCUUCAGGACGCGGGUGACGAGCCCGAGGGUUUAUGGCCGCCGUGUUCGGUCUUGGAGUGGUGUAUCAGCCAGGCAGGGGUGAGGGUGGACCAGUGAAGGAAAUCCAUGGACUUCACCCAACCCUCGUUGUGCAUCGCGAACACUGUUGUGCAAUAGUGUACUUUUUUUCACUCGUUGAUCCUCCAUGUACAAUCAUUAGCCUGUGUAAAAUUGCAGAUGUAA